AUGGCGCCUCGAGAAAACUCGCAUGAGCCCUCCGGGACGCCGGCGCCCGUAGAAACAGGCUUUGCCACUCUUGCACAGCUGAGGACUGGCGUGAAGGCGUGGGUUGAGAAGGAUGGCGAGAAGCGCAAAGCUGAGAUUUUGUCCAUCCAAACCAGGCAGGGAAGGCCCAAGUUCUACGUUCAUUAUGAAGAGUUCAACAAGCGUCUGGAUGAGUGGAUCGAAGCCGAACGGAUAGAUCUAUCAAGAGAAGUCGAGUGGCCAGCGCCCGAGAAAGCAGACAAAAAGAAGGGCACUGCCGUUAAGACCGACAAGGCACCUUCAAAGUCUGAUCAGAAGAACCUCAAGCGAUCCCGCAGCAAACUUGAUCGUGAGAUCUCAGGCACACCAGAAUCGACGUCUAGCAACCUGCCAGGCAAAGCACCGAGGCCGUCCAAAGCAAGUGGCAAGGAGAACCAAGAACUCAUAGUCACGAGCGAAGUCACAGAAGGCACACCGAAACCCGAGGAUGAGGAGAUGGACCUUGUCGACGUGCAGGAUGCCGCCGCAGCAGCCAAGGCCAUGCCACCCCAGGAUUACUCGAGAGAAGAUGAAAUCGAGAAGCUACGUACAUCCGGGUCUAUGACCCAAAACCAGACCGAGAUUUCGCGGGUGCGUAACUUGGAGAAGAUCCAGAUGGGCAAAUUCGAGGUCGAGCCUUGGUACUUCUCACCCUACCCAGUGGACUUUGUCGACUCAGAUGUAGUGUACAUCUGCGAAUUCUGCCUUGGUUACUAUGGUGAAGUAACGCAGUUCGAGCGCCACCGCACAAAGUGCCACCUGCUCCACCCACCCGGCAACGAGAUAUACCGAGACGACUAUGUGUCCUUCUUCGAGAUUGACGGGAGGCGGCAGCGGACAUGGUGUCGAAACCUCUGUCUACUUUCGAAGCUGUUCCUGGACCAUAAGACGUUAUACUACGAUGUCGACCCUUUCUUGUUCUACUGCAUGUGCACGCGCGACGAACAUGGCUGCCAUUUUGUGGGCUACUUUUCCAAAGAGAAAGAAUCGGCAGAAGGCUACAACGUGGCCUGUAUUCUCACCCUACCUCAAUACCAACGAAAAGGAUUCGGUAAACUGCUUAUCGACUUUUCCUACCUUCUUUCCAAGCGUGAAAACAAGCUCGGGUCUCCAGAGAAGCCGUUGUCUGAUCUGGGUCUGCUCGGAUACCGUGCCUACUGGCAGGAGAUUCUCGUCGAUAUUCUAAUGGAGCCUGGCCGAACCGAGGCUAACAUCGAGGAUUUGGGUGCUGCGACGGCGAUGACGACGAACGAUGUGCUGCAUACCCUGCAAAAUCUAAACAUGCUGCGAUACAGCAAGAACCAGCACGUUGUCGUUCUCACAGAUGCAGUUAUCGCGCAACGGGAGAGACAGAAGGCGAAGGAGAAGCUGAAGGGCAAGAGGAGCAUCGAUCCUGAUCGUUUGAUUUGGAAACCACCUGUGUUCUCGGCCGCAAGCAGGACAUGGAACUGGUGA